UACACUGGACGUUGUUCUCCAAUCAUUCACAACAACAUCACGACGUUGGGUAGUUAUGGUAAAGUGAAAUACCAUUACGUUGCCCACUGACACUGGUUCUGACAUCCUGCUGGCGUAGCUCACAGCCUGCCCUGCUUGUUUUGGGCCUCUCUCAGGACAGCCAUGGCGGACAAUGAAGGCAACUCGCCGUACACCCAGCAUCGCCCCGGCUUCUUCGGACCCACGGGCAGCUGCACAGAGAAGCGCAACCGGCUGAAGCUCUCGUUCAACACCUCGCUGUCGAGGCAGACGCCCAUGCUGCCCCAUCCGGUCCCCACCACGGUGCUGCGUGAAAAGCAUUUCGUGCCGAAGAGUAUAGCGCAGUCGGGCAUGAUGAAAAUAGCGCCUAACCAGGUAUACCAGUUUACGGCGGAGGACCUGGACAAUUUGGGCGAGAUCGGCUGCGGCAACUUCGGCACCGUCAACAAGAUGUUCCACAGGGCGUCCGGCACCGCCAUGGCUGUUAAAAGGAUUCGCUCUACAGUGGAGGAGGGCGAGCAGAAGAAGCUGCUGAUGGACCUGGAGGUGGUCAUGAAGUCCAAUGACUGCCCCUAUAUAGUGCAGUUCUACGGAGCCAUUUUCAAAGAGGGCGACUGCUGGAUCUGCAUGGAGCUGAUGGACACGUCGCUGGACAAGUUCUACAAGUUCAUCUACGAGCACGGCCGGUCGCGAAUACCGGAGACUAUUCUGGGCAAGAUUACCGUGGCUACGGUGAAGGCGCUGAACUACCUGAAGGAGCAGCUGAAGAUCAUCCACCGGGACGUCAAGCCGUCCAACAUCCUGCUGGACCGGCGCGGCAACAUCAAGCUGUGUGAUUUCGGCAUCUCCGGCCAGCUGGUGGACAGCAUAGCCAAGACGCGCGACGCCGGUUGUCGACCCUACAUGGCGCCGGAGCGAAUUGACCCGACCAAGACUCGCUUCUAUGACGUGCGCUCGGACGUCUGGUCGCUGGGCAUCACGCUGUUCGAGCUGGCCACCGGCCAGUUCCCGUACCCGCGCUGGAACUCGGUGUUCGAGCAGCUGACGCAGGUGGUGUCGGGCGACCCGCCGCGGCUGGCCCACUGCGACAACGGCAACACGUUCACGCUCGAGUUCGUCGACUUCGUCAACACCUGUCUGGAGAAGGAUGAAAGCAAGCGGCCCAAGUACAACACGCUGCUGCAGCACCCGUUCAUCCGGCGUUCGGAGGCCGACUCGGUGGACGUGGCCGGCUACGUCAACAUCUACCUGAACGCCGUGGCCGACAACCAGCCGCCGGAGGGGGCCGGCUGCUAGACGCCGGCGCGCGACGGCGUUGUGGACGGAGCGACGGCAGGCACCCGCGGCCGCGUCACGGUGCGGUCGUGACGCCGCGCGGGCCGCCAGCCCGCCGGGAGAGGGAGGGAGCGACGGACGGUGCGCCGCCGGCGGUGGCGACUCGACGGGACUCGCCGGAGUGUAACAGUGACGUCAGCAGCC